AUGUUGUGUGUGUACUGUGGGAGACCAAAUAUAGUGAAUGCAGGGUCCAGGGAAAUAUAGUGAAUGCAGGGUCCGGGGAGACCAAAUAUAGUGAAUGCAGGGUCCAGGGAGACCAGAUAUAGUGAAUGCAGGGUCCUAGGAGACCAGAUAUAGUGAAUGCAGGGUCCCGGGAGGCCAGAUAUAGUGAAUGCAGGGUCCGGUGAGACCAGAUAUAGUGAAUGCAGGGUCCAGGGGGGGAGCAGAUAUAGUGAAUGCAGGGUCCUGGGUUUAGUAACAGUUUAAACACACUUUAAAGGAAACCUCU